AGAAGCAGCUCCCUUCUGCUUCCUGCUUUUUCCCAAAGUCAAAUCUGUGUCUUCUCCUCACCAUUUGGUCUCAGUACUCUACGGAUCCAAUUUCUCACAUUUUCCUUGCCGCAUUUAUCACUUGAACACCGUAUGCUCUUGAAGAUAUAAGCCAAACUCGAGCCACAACAAUUUAGCAACAAUUUAGAAAUCAGCUCACAUUAUUCACAAGUUUCAGCCCUUCAUCAUGGUGGAACCUCUGUUUAUAGAACCCUUUACUAUCCUGGGAAUGCAAAGUCUUUCAAAAUCUCCAGUACUCUCAGCAAUUAACGAAACUCUGCUGGAGAAACCAAGAAGUCAACAGACACAGUAGUAAACUAUAAGCUCGCUGUUGAAGCAACUAUUAUUAGUAAAUCAAGCAGAAAUAAAACCCAGUUCAGACUUCGAUUUCUCUUACUUUUCUGGAGAUCGAGAGUCCUUGUUUAUUUUCUGUUUGGUUUGGUCAUGCAUGUGGCGAGAAGGUGUACGGUGAUACGGUCAAGGCUUAAUACUUACAACUGAAUAUUAAACAUUUUAGCAAGUUAAUUCUUGGAACGCCCUUUCCUGACAUAUUCUGUACUGUGUCCACAAUCUAUCCAUGGCCCAAAAAAAUAAGAUGAUGUGAGCAUAAAUCAAGUAAAAUCACCUCCGAUGUGAUACGAUGGGUACGUAAAAGUUGCCUUUCAACCUAGUCUUGUAAAUAUGCUGACAUUCACUGGAAGCAACCGGAAGUGGGUGAUUCUAAGAUUCAUCCUAAAGUUAGAGUUUACCGCCGUUUUCUUCCACCGCUUCCUCUUCUUAAAUAUCACACAUGUCCGUGUACUCUCUACCAUCUACAGAUAUUCUCUGUCAAUCAUCUUGAUCGAGUUUUCAUAGCACAGGCAUGGAUUUCUUAGAAAGCAGGCCAAUUGUCUGCGACAAUGGAUCAGGCUUAAUGAAGGCUGGUUUUGCCGGUGAUGAUGUUCCAUGUGUGGUAUUCCCCAAUUUAAUAGGCCGACCACGAAACAAGCAUGCAAUGGUCAGCAUGGGACAAAAGGAUAUGUAUUUUGGAGACGAAGCAGAAGCAAGGCGUGGAGUUCUUAGUUUAAGCUACCCCAUACAUCAUGGAAUUGUGAGAUGCUGGGAAGGAAUUGAAAGCGUUUGGGAGCAUACCUUUGAUCAGGAGCUCCGAGUCUCCACAGAGGAGCAUCCUGUUCUUUUAACAGAGGCUCCACUCAAUCCCAAAAUUAACAGAGAAAAGAUGGUGGAGAUCAUGUUUGAAGGUUUUAACAUUCCUGCAACCUAUAUAGCCAUCCAGGCGGUUUUAUCCUUGUAUGCCAGUGGCCGAACUACAGGUAUUGUUAUGGACUCUGGAGAAGGUGUGACUCAUGUAGUUCCAAUAUACGAGGGCUAUGCGCUGCCACACGCCAUCCAUAGACUUGACUUGGCAGGAAAGGACAUUACGGACUACCUCACCAAAAUCCUAGCUGAAGACGGCUACAUUUUCACCUCUACAGCCGAGAAAGAAAUUGCUAGAGACAUCAAGGAGCGAAUUUCCUACGUGGCAAUGGAUUUUGAAAGAGAGCUUGAAACAUCAAGGAAAAGUCCAGCACUAGACAAACAAUAUGAAUUGCCGGAUGGACAAGUCAUAACCAUUGGAGCUGUGCAGUUCAAGUGCCCGGAAGUUCUGUUUGAUCCGAGUAGAGUAGGAAUGGAUUCAGGUGGUGUGCAUGAGAUUGUGGUGAGGUCAAUCAGCAGGUGUGAUGUAGACAUCAGAAGAGAGAUGUUUGGGAAUGUGGUGCUUAGUGGGGGUACCACUGUAAUACCAGGCCUCGCUGAAAGGUUGGCCAAAGAGGUCAGCUCAUUGGCGCCUCCUGGUGUGAGGGUACGAGUGGUUGCUCCACCAGAUAGGAAGUACAGUGUUUGGAUUGGUGGCUCCAUCUUGGGUUCUUUAAGCACCUUUCAGCAGAUGUGGAUAUCCAAGGAGGAGUACAUGGAGUCUGGAUCUUCCAUUGUGCACAUGAAAUGUUUCUGAACCAGUCUCACAGCUUCAACGAGGAAUUUAGCAUCACCUUCAAUGAGAACCGGCUGUUGAAAUUUACUUGCCAAGGUGACAGCAUCCUUUAAAGCAAAAGCCUCCACAGUUUGGGCAUCUAAAGCAAAGGGGAAGUACCUGCUCUUAGCUACACAAACAGCACCGUCAUGAUCUCUAGCCUCAAUGCCGACUGCACCAGAUUUGCAAGAGUAGUAAGCGCCACCAAAAUUGAUCUUCAUGGUUCCUAAAGAGGGAGGAGUCCAUUAAGGAAGUGUUUAGAAUGAUAGAAAAAGAUGGAUUGGAUAUAAUAUUUUUCAAAACAAUUGUUUAGUCUAUAAAAAUCAAUUUUAAUCGGAAGAAAUUCUUAUUUCACUGAA